AGCCGUUUCCAGCCAGGCUUCUCACUCUCCCCUUGCUUCUGGACCCCGGCUGGACGAACUCGGGGCGCCCGUGGCAUUUGGGAUGCCCGCGGCUGCCCCACUUGGGUGGCUGCUGCUGUCGCUCUGCUCCCGCUCGUCGCUGGCGGUGGCGCGCCAGCGGCCGCCGCUGCCCGAGCGGCAGCCGCUGCCGGAGCACGCAGCGGGCGGCGGCGGGUACGAGGCGCCGCCCCCCGUGUGUGCGUGGGCUGCAGUGGCGCUCGCCAUGGGGCUGUUCCUGGUGACGGGGGCGCUGGUGGCCCACCUUGCUGGCGCUCCGAGGCCGCCGCCGCCGCCCGCCCCUGGGGCAGCUGCCGCGCUGGCGUGGGCGGCCCGCGAGGAGCGCGCCGCCGCCCGCGAAGUACGUCCGCGCGCUGCCGGGGCCGCCGCGGCCGCCCCCGCCCG